GCCUGGCUACCGCGCGUAGUGCUGGAGGCUCAGUCCGAGGAUGCCUAGAUGUUAGCGAGGGAGCACGCGCUGAGCUUCCCGAACCCCAUGCCACAAAAACAAGGCGCCAGCAGGUCCUGUUCUCGUCCCAGCGGGCGUCUUUCCCUGGGGUGGGAAAGUGGGUCAACUUCGUUCUGAUCUGAAGGGGGGUUUGGGACUGUUUGGGUCGCUCCUCACCUCCCCACCCGCUCCCCGGCUUGGCAUGGUCCAGAGCCCGGGCUGGAGCCAGCGGAAGGGCCAGCUCGCACACAUGGCUCCGGAGGCUCCGGUUGCCCAUCCGAGCCGCUGCCAGGCUCUAACGUUCCCAACUGACAACACCAGUAACUAAAUAUAGGAGCAGAUGGUGGGGACGGGCUGUCGCAGCGGCUCCUUUGCAGAGGUCUCCGGACUGCAGAUAAGGCUCAGGCCCUUUUGUGAGCAGCAGACCAGCCUGGGGGCUGGCGGCAGGACACCUGUGUCUGCAUGCUGAAGAAGAUGGGUGAGGCCGUGGCCAGAGUAGCAAGGAAGGUCAACGAGACGGUGGAGAGCGGCUCUGACACUCUGGACCUGGCCGAGUGCAAGCUGGUCUCCUUUCCCAUUGGCAUCUACAAGGUCCUGCGGAAUGUCUCCGGCCAGAUCCACCUCAUCACCCUGGCUAACAACGAGCUUAAGUCCCUCACCAGCAAGUUCAUGACCACGUUCAGUCAGCUCCGAGAGCUCCACCUGGAGGGGAACUUCCUACACCGCCUCCCCAGCGAGGUCAGUGCCCUGCAGCACCUCAAGGCCAUUGACCUGUCUCGGAACCAGUUCCAGGACUUCCCUGAGCAGCUCACCGCCCUGCCAGCGCUGGAGACCAUCAACCUGGAGGAGAACGAGAUCGUAGGAGAACAAGGAGGCCUGGAAGAUUCCAGAAGCAAUUUGAGAACAUCUCCAGGAAACUGUUUCUCUCAGGACAGGAUGCUUUCCUCCAUGUGGUUGUUAUAUCCUGGUGGGCCUGAUGGCCCUUUGCACAGGGCUGGGCACCAGGAGCUGAGCCCACGUGCAGUGGGCAAUGGAGAGCUGCCCCUCACCAUCAGAUGUGCCCGUGGAGAAGCUGGCCGCCAUGCCAGCCUUGCGCAGCAUCAACCUCCGCUUCAACCCACUCAACGCCGAGGUGCGCGUGAUCGCCCCGCCGCUCAUCAAGUUUGACAUGCUCAUGUCUCCGGAAGGCGCAAGAGCCCCCCUACCUUAGGCCACCCUCCUCAUGCCCACCCAGCAAGGGACAGAGGCCACUGGCCUGGAACCCUGGAAGGGAGGGAGGCCCAUGGGAGGCCAAGCUUGGGGGCUGGGGGUGGGUGGGCCGAGCAGCACGUGGUGGGUGGGGUGCAGCUGGUCUGGAUAGAUAGCUUACAGCAGUAGUGGGCUCUGGAAUGCCCAAGGGAAGAGGCAAGGUGGGGCCUGCAGCCUGGACUCGGCACUCACAGCUGCUGUGCAAACUCAGGCAGAUCUCCUGCCCUCUCUGAGCCUUGUUACUUGAAAAAAAAAAAAGGACCCUUUACCUCCUUUGGGCUCCCUGGAGGUUUUUAAGCAGUACGUGCCUCCAAGUUACCUCCAGAUCAGCAGGCACAGGUGGGCAUUGCCGGGUAUUUUCUGAGCCCCUGUGGGUUUGAGGCCUUGUUUUUAGUGCUGAGAGCCAGUCGCUGCCCUGAGAAGAGAAGACAAUCUCCAUUUAUUUAUUGCUUCCUGAGAACUGACCUGGAUGUGGCCCUCUGCAGGGCCCAGUCUUCAGUCCUGUGGUCCCUGGACUGGUGGGAACCUGAACUAGGAGUCCUGGGACAGCUGUGGUGGGAAUAUGGGCUGGCACUGCUGCAGGGCAAGAACAUUCACGUAGGAGCCCGAGGACCAGCAGGCUGGGAAUGGGGAGCAAGUCAUGUCAGCUCUGUCAUUCCCCACAGUUAACAAAUUGGCGGGGUGGGAAGUCCUGAGUGCUCCAUCCCUCUAGCGUCACUCCUGAGCUGCGGGAGAGGUGGCCCAGAGAACAGCAGAGCCAAUUGCACCUGCAGCUCUGGUCUAAAGUGAUUAGAUGGCCACCUUCACUACUGUCCCAUCCAGCAGCAGCCUGGCUGCCUUGUCAUGGCCCCCUGGGGGCAGAAGGCAAUGUGGACCACGGGAUUUGUAGCCAGCCAGCUCCCAGGCCAAAGCCCAAAGCCCUAGUUCUUUUGAGGCCCUCAACCUGGCAUCUUAGGGUGUGGUCAGGCAACAGGGUGACCAGCUGUCCUGGUUUCCCAGGACAUGGAACUUUCACUGCUAAAACUGGGACAGUACCUGGCAAGCGGGGAUGGUUGGUCCCCUACCAGGAGAGGGCCUGGGGCUCUUGCUUCCUGAGAACACCUGUGGCUUGAAGAACCUUGACUGCCUGGUCCUCAGGUAUCGACCUCCCACCUUCUCCUCAUCUGUGGAGCAAGCCGACUCAGUGCCCAGACCCCACCUGAUCUGCACCUUUGUUUGAAUCUCCAGAGACACAUGAGGCCCCAGGGCUUGAGGCAAAGCCAGGCCACCCAAAUCCUUCCUGUGUCCUGUGGACGAGUGGCCACUUUACUACUCCUAAGGCUAAGAUGUUGAGAGCUCAGACCACUGCUCAGAGCAGUAAUCCCUGCUCAGAAUGCUCCCAGUUCCCUCGUCUCUGCCCAGGUCUCUUGUCUCUUGGCAAAGAACUGAUAGGUUGGGCCAUUGUUGGGCUAUCACUGAGCGCUAAGUAUCUCAAGAGACUGUUCAUUCUGCUCAUAUCCCAAGGCCUGGUUGGUCAAACUCUGGGCAAAGGGUUUUCAGGAUGAGGAGGUCAAGACAGGAUCUCCAGAGCUACCAAGUUCAUCUGUGGGUGGUGGGGGCAAGUGGGGGCUGAAGUCCUGUCCAGGCUGCGCUGGCCCCACCUGCCUUGUGUCCUGGAGUGGGGUUUCUCCUUGAAGAAGAGGCAUGCUUCUCUGAUGUGCACAAAUGCAGUGUAUGACCAGAGCCUUGCAACUCAGUGUGGUCUGUGGACCAGCAGCGGCAGUGACACCUGGGAGCUUGUUAGGAAUGCAGAGUCUAGGCCUCACCCUAUACCUCCUGACUCAGACCCUGCAUUUUAGCAAGACCCCCAGCUGAUUCCUAUAAGCACUUUAGAGUUUGAGAAGCAAGGACCUAGGUUGGGGAUGUCCUCCAAGCAGAGGGUGAAGGUUCUCUCAGUUCUCUCCCUGCCACUUUCAGGGAUCCGAGCCUGUGCUCAGCCUCCUCCCUAACCCAGCCCUGGGAGACCCUUGGUCUGUUAGAUUGUUCCAGAGUCUGCGUGGCACUCCUGAGGAAGGGAGUGACCGGCAGUCACCAGGAGAUGAGGGUUAAGUGUGCCAGGCCCUCCAGACCUGGCCUUUCUGGUUAAUCCCUGCAUGCCAAGCUGCCUGCUGCCCCAGGUCCUCACCUCAGGCCUUUGAAGGGGCAGCAUCUGGAAGUUGUUUUCUCCUCUGCUUGGAGAGUUUGCCCUUGUCUCUCUUGGAAAGCGUGGGCAGCCACAGACGUCCCCAAAUCAGAGCUCACAGUGAGUGAGCCCCUAAGCUUCAGUCUGCAAUAAAGAAUGCAUUGGUUUCA